AUGAAGGACACAAAAUAUGCUAUUCAACAAAACCAACAAGCUCUUGAGGCCACACCAGAAGAUCAUCCAGAUCGGACCGGUCGGCUUCAAUCUCUUGGAAAUGGAUACCGCGACAGAUACCAGAGAACAGGUGCAGAGGCUGACCUUGAGCUCGCUAUUCAACAAUUCCAACAAGCUCUUGAGGCCACACCAGAUGAUCAUCCAGAUCGGGCCGGUCGGCUUCAAUCUCUUGGAAAUGGAUACCGCGACAGAUACCAGAGAACAGGUGCAGAGGCUGACCUUGAGUUCGCUAUUCAACAAUUCCGACAAGCUCUUGAGGCCACACCAGAUGAUCAUCCAGAUCGGGCCGAUCGGCUUCAAUCUCUUGGAACAGGAUACCGCGACAGAUACCAGAGAACAGGUGCAGAGGCUGACCUUGAGUUCGCUAUUCAACAAUUCCGACAAGCUCUUGAGGGCACACCAGAAGAUCAUCCAGAUCGGGCCCGUCGGCUUCAAUCUCUUGGAAAUGGAUACCGCGACAGAUACCUAAGAACAGGUGCAGAGACCGACCUUGAGCUCGCUAUUCAACAAUUCCAACAAGCUCUUGAGGCCACACCAGAAGGUCAUCCAGAUCGGGCCGGUCGGCUUCAAUCUCUUGGAAAUGGAUACCGCGACAGAUACCAGAGAACAGGUGCAGAGACUGACCUUGAGUUCGCUAUUCAACAAUUCCAACAAGCUCUUGAGGCCACACCAGAGGAUUAUCCAGAUCGGGCUGGUCGGCUUGAAAAUCUUGGAAUAGGAUACAGUGACAUAUACCUAAGAACAGGUGCAGAGACCGACCUUGAGCUCGCUAUUCAACAAUUCCAACAAGCUCUUGAGGCCACACCAGAAGAUCAUCCAGAUCGGACCGGUCGGCUUCAAUCUCUUGGAACAGGAUACCGCGAAAGAUACCUAAGAACAGGUGCAGAGACCGACCUUGAGCUCGCUAUUCAACAAUUCCAACAAGCUCUUGAGACCACACCAGAAGAUCAUUCAGAUCGGGCCCGUCGGCUUCAAUCUCUUGGAAUAGGAUACCGCGACAGAUACCAGAGAACAGGUGCAGAGACCGACCUUGAGCUCGCUAUUCAACAAUUCCAACAAGCUCUUGAGGCCACACCAGAAGAUCAUCCAGAUCGGGCCGGUCGGCUUCAAUCUCUUGGAAAUGGAUACCGCGAAAGAUACCUAAGAACAGGUGCAGAGACCGACCUUGAGCUCGCUAUUCAACAAUUCCAACAAGCUCUUGAGACCACACCAGAAGAUCAUUCAGAUCGGGCCCGUCGGCUUGAAUCUCUUGGAACAGGAUACAGUGACAGAUACCAGAGAACAGGUGCAGAGACCGACCUUGAGCUCGCUAUUCAACAAUUCCAACAAGCUCUUGAGGGCACACCAGAAGAUCAUCCAGAUCGGGCUGGUCGGCUUGAAUCUCUUGGAAUAGGAUACCGCGACAGAUACCAGAGAACAGGUGCAGAGACCGACCUUGAGCUCGCUAUUCAACAAUUCCAACAAGCUCUUGAGGCCACACCAGAAGAUCAUCCAGAUCGGGCCCGUCGGCUUGAAUCUCUUGGAAUAGGAUACCGCGACAGAUACCUAAGAACAGGUGCAGAGACAGACCUUGAGCUCGCUAUUCAACAAUUCCAACAAGCUCUUGAGGCCACACCAGAAGAUCAUCCAGAUCGGGCCCGUCGGCUUCAAUCUCUUGGAAAUGGAUACCGCGACAGAUACCUAAGAACAGGUGCAGAGACAGACCUUGAGCUCGCUAUUCAACAAUAUCAGAAUGCGGUAUACCAUCUUCCAUCUCGUGUCCUGGAUCGGCUAUGGUCCGGCAAGCAUCUACUCAAUCUACACACUAAAGCAGGAAACUGGUUAUCAGCACAUCAAAUCGCAUCUAUCAUAAUGUCUAUGAUUUCUCGCCUCACGCCCAACUCUUUAGAUAUCUCGGACAAACAAUACUUGCUCACUGAGAUUACUGGUCUGGCUUCAGAUGCAGCCGGAAUUGCUCUGAUGGCAGGAGAAACGCCUUUUGAGGCAUUACAACUCCUAGAGCUUGGCCGCGGUGUCAUCAUGGGUUCGAUCAAUGAAAUGCGUGUCGAUACUUCCGACCUUUUCCAGCAACAUCGUCUCUUAGCAGAAGAAUACAUCGACCUCCAGAAUCAACUCAAUGCUCCAACCCGCGAACCUGAUCCGCUCAGUAUGCGAACGGUGAUAGCGCAUCGCGUUAAUCAACGUCACAGCGCGAGCCAGAAAUUGGAGAGAACAAUCGAGGCGAUAAGAACCUUGCCAGGCUUUGCUAGAUUUCUUAUGGCCCCAUCCGAGGACGAAUUUCAUGCUGCUGCUGCCUCAGGGCCGAUUGUCAUUAUUAAUGUCGGCAAUCUCCGAUGUGAUGCAUUGAUAGUGGAGAAACACGGGAUAAAGUCCUUGCCGCUCUCUCGUCUACAUAAGGCAGAUAUUCAAGACCGCGAAGCAGCUUUAGCGACACCAGAAGCACUAGAUACGCAAUUACUAGAGUGGCUAUGGGACGCGAUCGCGAAUCCAGUACUCGACGCAUUAGAACUCACACGAACGCCUGAUGGCUGUUGGCCUCGGAUCUGGUGGAUUCUGACUGGACCUCUCGCCAAAUUCCCUAUUCACGCUGCAGGCUAUCAUUACUACCGGUCUGAGACUGUCCUCGACCGAGCGAUUUCAUCCUAUAGCUCUUCUGUUAGGGCGCUCUUGCAAAGCCGCCAAAGAUACUCUGUUUUAGCAGCAGAACCGGGCUUAGGGGAUGCCGUUUUAGUUGGUAUGGAGAAAACACCGCAUGAGUCUGAUCUUCCAUAUGUGCGGUCAGAGAUGGAAAGGAUAGAGAGCCUUUGUGGCCUUUUACAAGUCCAAGUCUGCAAGCCUCGGCCUUGCCGAGAAGAUGUCCUAUCUGCUUUGAAUAACUGCGUUAUCUUCCAUUUUGCUGGUCACGGAAAAACUGACCAACAAGACCCAUCGAAAAGCUCUUUAGUUCUGGCCGACGGGCCGCUAGCAGUGGCGGAUCUCUUUGAAACUAAACUUCAUGAUCGGAAUCCUUUUCUUGCCUACCUCUCAGCUUGCGGAACCGGACAAAUCAAACAUGAUGCACUCAUCGACGAGACACUUCACCUGAUCGCUGCUUAUCAGAUUGCUGGAUUCCGGCAUGUUAUUGGGACUCUAUGGGAGGUGAAGGACGAAGCAUGUGUCGAUGUUGCAACUAUAUUUUAUAGUUGUUUGAAAAAACGAAAGAUGACCGACGCUUCCGUCAGUGAAGGCCUUCAUCGUGCAAGCAGGAAGCUACGUGAAAUGUGGAUAUCAGAGAACACAACUAGAUCAGCCAAGCGGAUGGCAGUCCUGCAAGACGGAUAUGCUUCAAUGGCGACGAAACAAACAAGAUCAUAUCAAGGGAAGGAGAGAAAUCUGAGAGAUGCAGAUACGGAAACGGAGUCGUCAUUAAAUUGGGUUCCAUACGUUCAUUUCGGGAUUUAA